AUGGCCGGGGCCGGGGCCGGGGCGGCCGCCGGCGGCGGCAUCGGCGGGGCGGCCGCCAGCGAGACGCUGGGCUUUGCUACGGGCGGCGCGCAGGACGUGGAGAACUUCCGCACCAACCUGGAGGCUGGCUACCUGCCGCUGCCCACCGACCUGACCUACGAAGGGCUGGCCAAGGACUACUACUUCGACACCUCCUCCAACGCCACCAAGCCCUGCACCAAGCUCUUCUGCCCCCUGUACUCGGUGGGACUGUCGCCCGACCCGCUGCUGGGCACACCCGCCUCCUCAGAGUUCUAUAUGGCGGUAGGGCUGGACUCAGGCAUGAAGGCCGCCGACUUUGCCCGCAAGCAGCUCAACCUGGUGGUGGUGCUGGAUGUGUCUGGCAGCAUGGGGUCGCCCUUCGACUCCUACUACUACGACCAGACCGUGCAGCCGACCGCAGGCGUGCCGGACGAAGGCGAGACCAAGAAGAAGAUUGAUGUGGCCAAGGAGGUGCUGGCCGGCAUUGUGGGCCUGCUGCGCCCCGACGACAGCCUGUCGGUGGUGCUCUUCUCAGACGCCGCCUGCGUGCCCAAGCCGCUAGGCCCUGUGCGCUGCGCCGACGUGGACAAGCUCAAGGAGCAGAUCUCUGCCGACGUGGUUGAGAUGGGCGGUACCAACUUCCAGGCGGGCAUUGAUGCCGGCGGCGCGCAGCUGACGGGCUGCGCGGCCUGCAUGGAGGCCAACGCAAGCCUGGUGGAGAACAGGGUCGUCUUCCUCACCGACGCACAGCCCAACGCGGGCGACGACAGCGAGCAGGGCCUGCUGGCACGCAUCAAGGCGCUGUCGGCAGACGGCAUCUACACCACCAUCAUCGGCGUGGGCCUGGACUUCAACACCCAGCUGGUGGAAAGCAUCGGCAAGGUCAGGGGCAGCAACUACUUCAGCGUGCACACACCCGGCGAGUUCAGGCGGCGGCUGGUGGAUGAGUUUGACUAUGCCGUGACGUGA